UAUAAAGGCAGCGCCCCACCAACACAGAGAAACCAAGAAAUCUUCUUGCAAACCCUUUCUUUCUUCUUCCUCUUCUUCUCCUUCGCCUUCUCCUACUGCUUUAUCGUGAGCUGAGGGCGCUACAGAGGGCCUUUCCUACGCAGCGGCCAAGGCGAGACAAGACGGCGACAGAGAGAUCGACUAAAACCCUUGAUUCCUCUUAGGCCGCUGUCGCUGCUUCUACUGCCACAACUAUUUCCUUUGCCUUUCGGGCUGAGAAGCCUCGUCGACGAGGCAAGAAGAGAUACGAUCGAUGGCACAAGAGUGUCUGCAAGAAAAGGCGUCUCUUCUGCAGACGCAGCAGCAGCACCAGAAGACAGGUUCUACGGCUAAACUAAUCCGCAAAUUGAAAGCGGCUGCGAAGAAAAAAAGUGAGAUAACACGAAGAGCCUUCCUGAAACUUGGGAAUCAACUGGUUGACAGUUUGGAUCAUCUUCCUAGGUCCAUUCCCUUACAAAUGCUUCCUUCUAAGAUUCUGCCGAAGACACAGCUCUCCAAAUUGAGAAAGAAUUUAGUGGUUCCUGCUGAUGACAUUGUAACAAAUAAAGGAUAUGAGAAAGUUGUUCGGCAGAAAGAUCCUGUCGCCGUCAAGUCAUCUACUGAUUCCACUGUGGAUGAGGAAAUCUCUCACACCACCUCGGAUGUCUCUGGGCUUAGCAAUGAUACGGAGGAUCCGGAUCAUGUUAUUGAUGCAUUGGAUGGUGACAGCGAAUUGGCUAUUGUGGAAUAUGUGGAUGAUAUCUAUAACUUUUACAAACUUGGUGAGAAAUGUGGAAGACCUCGGAAAUAUAUGGACUUCCAGUUUGAGAUCAAGGAAGAGAUGAGAUCUACUUUGGCUGACAGGCUGAUCGACGAGUUCCACUGCUAUGAAUUAAUACCUGAGACUUUGUAUCUCACAUUUUAUAUAGUUGAUCAGUAUCUGUCAAGGGAGGAAGUGAUGGAGACUGACUUAAUGCUUGUGGGAGUGGGUGCUAUGCUCAUUGCAUCUAAAUAUGAAGAUCCAUUGCCUCUUGGGAUUGAAGACUGCAUUGACAUCACACAUGGUGCAUUUAGCAAGGAACAAAUAUUGUCCAAGGAGAAAGCAAUUCUAGAAACACUCGAAUGGAACAUUACUGUUCCGACGCAAUAUGUAUUUCUUGCGUAUUUCCUGAAGGCAGCCAUGUCUGACAAGGAGAUGGAGGACAUGGUCCUCUUCUUUUCCGAGUUAGGACUGAUGCCGUAUUCAUUGAUCACUUAUUUGCCAUCCUUGGUUGCUGCCUCUGCUGUCUAUGCAGCAAGGUGCACCCUUAAGAAGACCCCACGUUGGACAGAAAUGCUCGUGGAGUAUACAGGUUACUCAGAGCAACAGUUACUCGAAUGUGCACGCGAGCUGGUUAGCCUUCACUCGUCAGCAGCAGAGGGUAAGUUGAUGGCGGUUUACGAGACAUACUCAGACGCAGAAUUUGGAGCCGUUGCGUUGUAUCCUCCUGCCACGGAACUACUACAGUCGAAGAAGUCUGCUUCAUCAUGAGCUCCGAAGACAUGGAUCGAGGGGGCAUCCGAUAGUUGCUUUACGAUAACAAGAUGUAGAUCCUGCAUAACUUGUUGAACUGUGGACAAAAUAAGAGGAGAAUGGCUUUGGACAAAUUCUUCCUAUUGAUAUUAUUGUAUAAGUUGUUAGGUUCUCCCCAGUACUUUUUUUUUUUUUUGGUAUAUAUAUUCCUUGUUUUGUGUCAGUUUCUUUGUUACCCUAAAAUAGGACCAUCACAGUUGCUUAGCAUUGUAAAUCUUAACUAUAAAUCUUUGCCAUGUUUGAUAGCAUUCUGAUGCUACCUACUUACUAAACUGGAAGAAUUUGUGCAGGAGAGGUUACUUUAGUUGAUAAUCCCUCUGUGACAAAUGUCGUCCUAUCAUUGCUUAGCUAUCUUUGGUGAGAUUUCUUGUUUAUUUGGUGAUCUCUGUCAAAUUAAAACUUUUGGUAAUUAAUUGAAAAAAAUUCCAAUCCGAUUUUUUUCCCAUGAAAUAAGCCCCCUUUUUAACUGUGGAAAAACUUUUGUUUUUAAAAGUGUCUAAAUUGCUUCAUUUACAAAGUUGAAGCACUGUUACUGAGGUAGCCCAGCCAGACACUAAUUAGCUUCGAAGCUUACUGACCAAAUCUUUACCAGGAACCAAUAAAUCAUACAUAUUAAGUAAGAUCCAGCUCGGAAAUUGUCAUUGGCAAAAACUAAAC